AUGGCGGACAAUAAUAAUACCCCAAGACACACGGCCCAGCAGCUAAGCGCCGCUGAUCUCCACUCGCACGCCGGCGGCAGUGGAGAGCUCCAGCCCCAGCUUCCGCGAGAAGCUCCGCCUGCGGUGGCCGCAAACUCUCCGAUGCAGCAGAGCAACUUCAGUUCGCGACCUUCGCAAACACAACCACAACCACAACCGCAUACUCAGUCGUCCUCCUCGUCCUCCUCCCUUCCGCAACCUCCAUUCCUCCAGACACCACAACUCAGCGUACCUAACCCCACGACAAACACGAACCAUACUUCAGACAAGAUGGACGGCAGCGCAGUCCCCGUGCAGGACACCAAGAGCGCCGCCGAGGCUACCGUGCCAGGAGCUGGAGCUGGAGCCGGAGCUGGGGGCAAUACUCUCGCCGCGGCAUCUUCCUCGACUGCCGCAAAUGCGGGCACUCCCCAGGUUCGUGCUGGAGGAGCGCCUGUUCGUGUGUUCAUGAACGAGAAGAUCGCGCCUUAUCUUCUGGAAGGGAUGAAAGUCGUUGUGAGAGAUCAGCCGCCAGACCCCCUUCGCGUGUUAGGCGAAUUUCUCAUCCAGAAAAGCAAAGAGGUCGAAGGCAAUGGCCCCGCGGGUAACAAAUCCACCGAAUAA